CGAACCGCAGGACGCCGCAACCUCGUGGCUUUUGGUUUCUUUUUUCAUCAUCAUGCGGGGGUUUCUGCACCGAGUAGAUCGCUCUUGCGCGGCCGCGGCCACUUCUGCAGUGGUCAGCGCUACCAGUAGUUCAUCUACCUCCCCUACUAGCACUAAAAGAGCCGCACGGUUUCAUGUUUCUUCCGGAGAUAGAAGUACUUCCCGCUCUCAUUUCAUUACUCUAGUCGUCUUUCUCUUUUUCAUUUUCGCGCACCAGCAUGAUUUAUGUGGUAUUACCUUCCUCGCAACCGCGACCUACCACCCUCUCCUACGUACCAAAAGUUGUACGAAGAAUUUCGCAGGGAAUGACAAUAAAGGUGAUCAGCCUAACGGAGAUCAUCAGAUGGCAAAAACUGCGGCUGAAAUAAAGGCCGCGAUUUUGAGCCAUUUUUCCUUGCACCUGGUCCCAGCGGACAGAAACACGUCCUCGCAAGAACGGCAGAAAAAUCGUUGUUCCAGUGAACAAGACUCUGCGCAGCAGCUACAGGCAAGCCCGCCUCUACUUCGAAGAGAUGGGGGGCUUUUUCAAGAAUAUAAUGCAGCAGGUGGACGGGACGAGGCGGUAGAGGAAGAGGACCACGAUCAUCAGAGGCAACGAGCCAAGCGAGAUGAAAAAACUAGAGCUCCACUCGAGGACCACGACGAUCCUAACAGACCGAGUCUUCUGCUGCUCCCCGAGACAUCUCUG